AUGUUCGACGUCCCCGACGCCGACCUGCUGACGGAGUUGAUGACUGCCAAGGUGGUUACGGUCAACCGCUGCAUCAGCUCUCUGCACGCCUACACGAGCCAAGCGGACCGUCAGAGCAUCCGUGCGGCGGAGACACCGGUGGGCCACGUGCGCAUGCGUCACUCGGCCACAGCCGGUGUGUCAGUGACCGUCGAGGACUUCGUGCGGAUGGACCAGACCACGGACCAGGGCAAAGACAAGUCCUUGGCUGCGAAGGACUUUUUGAACAGCUUCUGGUGCAAGCGCGUGGUUCUGCUGAUGCGGGCCAUGCAUCCCUGGGUCACCAUGCAGUUUGUGAGCUUGUUCAGAUCCCAUGUCGUCCCCUGGCAGGUCCGAGCCUCCCUGAUCAUUCUGAAGCUGGUGUCUGCCGCUUGUGCCAACGCGCUCUUCUUCACCAGCUCGGCAGUUGCGGCCGACGCGGACAUGGGCUGUGGGCCGCUAGAGACCGCCGGCGAGCGCCUGCUGCGCGCAGCCAUCGUUGGCAUCCUCUCCGCGUGCAUGGGCGACCUGCUCAUCGUGCUGCUGGCCAUGGUGCAGCGGCGGCAGGCCCCCUCCCCCCCCCAAACCCUAGCCGUAACCCAAGCAGCAAGACUCCGAAAGGCUCUUAUAGUCUUAUACCCUCCAACCCAGUCCAACCCAGUCCAAACCCAGUCCGAACCAGUCCACACCCAGUCAUACCCAGUCCAAACCCUCGUAGCUUCAAGUCGAUUGGGGAUUGGGAAAACGCCAGGUCCUGAUCCGGCGAUGGACGGAAGAGGCCAAAGAGGGGCAGCUCAGGAGAACCGGAAGAAAGCCCCCGAGUCCUCAAUGGAAUAG